AUGUUGCGAAAAAGUAUUUUGAAGGUUCAUUCAAUUGCAAGGCAAUCAUUAGGAAGAAACUCUGUUCGAUUAAUGUCGAGUGUGGAAGAUGAUGAACCUCCAUGCAAAUUGUGCCCUGACGUCGACAGCGAAAAAAGAAAUGAAGCGACCGCAAGUGACAGUACAAUUGAAGAUAGUCCACCAUUUAGAAGUCACCACGAAUUAAUCCCUAAAAAUCUAUCAAUUAUGAAGACAUUCGAAUUAGAAUCCAACUCCACCAAUUUUCACAUGAUUUCCAAAGGUCAUUGA